AUGACCGACUCCUUGUCUCAAGAUCUGAAUGAAUAUCUGUGGGGUAAGACCAACCAAGUGGACUACUUGAAAAGGUUUAGUACUCCAUCGGCUUUGAAACGAUUUGAACUUCAGAGCUGCGGAGUGCAAUGUUUCUUCUGCUGAUGGCCUCAAUAAAAAAAUUGUUGGGCUGAAUGAAAUGCUGGAUAAGCAACUACGGAAAGGGGUACUUUUUGAUCGAGUCGCAUUUCAUUUGGUUGAAGAUUGAAGUGAACCUUUCUCGUUUGCUCGAGCAAGUCCCGAUCCUUCAAUCUCUAGAAGACAAGCUCCACGUGUUGCGCUCCAGUAUGCACGUUGUUUCCAGCGAAUGUUCCAAGUUUGUCCUUUGGCUCCUUUUUAUCAGUUCGUUUUGCGGUUUUUAGAUUUCCACUGUAGCUUUCUGUGCAUCUACACAAAGAUAUAAAAUCAAUUAAAAUAUUGAAAUUUAUGCUCAAUAAAUUAUUCAGGCUAGCAGAGACUUGCGGCGAGCACGUGGCUCAGGCGCGCGAAAAUACAAAACAACUCGAGAGAGCAAUUCAUAGGAAAAAUAUCGUUGCGGACGCUCAAAGGUUCUUUUAUUCAUUUUUUAUUGGUUUUUGAUUUUUGAUAUAGAUGUGAUGAGCUACUCGACCUACUCGGAAAGAGAAACGAGUUGGUUAAAAAGUCUGAGUUCAUUUUUGAGGUUUGAAACAAGAAAUUCAUGAAGCCGUUCGUUUUUUUCAGCUCAAGGAAAUCAUAGAGGAAAACAAAGAUUUGAUACGAAUCGCUUGGCUGAAAAACGCGGUCGAGACAAAGUUGAAAAUAACGGAGAAUGAGGUUUUGAGAACCCCUGUAAAAAAAAAGAAACUGUGGGGAUAGGUCCGAAGAAACGCUUCUGAAGACCUCCGAAGAGCGCUUUCGUCACUCAACACUUCGCUGGUGACGUCAGCCCAGCAGGCUCUCAAGAAUCUCGGCGUUCUGGAAAGUGAGACCUCGGUUUUUGCGUGUUUCAAUUAGGGCUCUCAGGUGAACUCGAUGUCCUGCUUUCUUCAAUCGUUGUGGAAAUCGACAAGAAACUCAUCGACCUCUCCGCCUCUGCCGAGUCCGGCCAAAACGCUCUGCCAAUUUGUGUCAACUGCAUUCACACUCACUUGGAGCAGACCGCCUUAUUGAGUAAGAAAUCGAUUCUUCUUUCUACGCCUAUGUACCGCUUGAGCGGCGUCGGCGCCCCAAGUCGAUUAGCCGAGGACUUCUCCUGAUAUCAGUGGAUUGGCUCGAGUGACAUAUCCGUCCUUUUGUGUGACAGCUGGGAAUUUUGAAGUUCUGGUUUCUAACUAAAGCUGGUUCACGGCUGGCUUGAUCCAUCGAGAAAAGGGUCCUGCCACGAAAAUAGACGAGACAGUGCAUUGGUUGGUGGAGAGUGCAGACAGGCCACGCCUUUUUGCGUCCCAAGCUAGCCGUGAAUCGUCUAUACCAACAUUUCUUGAACCCAUUGGUUGGGUCGAGGCGGGGAUCGAACUUGUGACCCUGUGGACCGUAGACAAGCAAACAACCUGUUGCGCGACGGCGCGAAAAUCAGAAAAACCAUUCCUGAUAAUAUUUCAAAUACCGUAAAGUUUCCUGAAGUGUUCAGUAGAAAAAAUCUUAUGAAAAGCUAGUUAAGAUGUCAAUUUUAGAUGAGUCCUACCAAAGAAAGUUCUCCGAACGAGUCGCUCGAUUGAUCCGCUCUCGUGUCCCUCUUGAUUCCCCCAUUCACCUAUCGGUUCGUUUUCUCCUUUUUUUAAUAUUUUGAAUUAAAUGAAUAUUUGCAGAACGGGUAAACGUUCCCAAAGAAUAAUAUAAACUUUUGGAUGCGUGUCUUUUGAAAAAAAUGGGAUUGAAAUUUUUAUAAUUUUUUUCCCCAACCUAAAACCUAAAACACUUUUUCGAAUCAAUAAGAAAGUUAUCAUCAUAGAACUGCUGUUUUUUUUUUCUUAAUAUCCGCUGUGAGAGUCAGGGUUGUACGCAAGAGAUUAGCAGAACUGCAGUUGAAUCAAAGUUUUUGAAAAAGAAUAUUUUUUUCAUCGCAGAAAAGUUGAUAACAGUAAAGUUAUGUGCAUUCGGAAGAUAAAUAUUGAAAAGUUAUUUCUAUAGAUCGUAUCAUUAUUUAGAAAAAUUCCAAAAACAGCUUUACGGGAAGAACUGCUAUUUUAUAUGUUUUUGAAAGAAGAAUAACUUUUUUUCGUUCAAAUGUUUCUUUUCUUAUACAAAAAACUUUUUUUCUUCACAGGUGGGGUUAGUUAAUCCACCUAGUGGUCUUUUUCCCUCCCUGCAACAUCACCAUACCAUCCCGAUGUUGCGAAAAAAAUAAACAAAUUGAAUUGAAUUGAAGAGAUAUAUAAAACUAAUUUUUUUGAUUUUUUUAUCUUUUAAACACUCCUAGAAUCAUUAUAAUAAACUUUUUUUACAAUUAAAAAAAAAGUUGUAAUCCAGGAAUUUCCAUUCAAAGCUGGUAAGAAUGAAGAAUUGUGUAUUUUACAGCUUUGUGCAGCAAGUGGGGAGGAUAUUCCAAUCGAAAAACGAGAACAGUUUCCACGCGUUGAUCGACUCGUUGAGGCCUUUGAAAAACUCCCUUCUCGCCCAUUCUUUGGCUCGUCUCCACCAAAUUAUCGACGACAACGAUUUCGAGCUCUCUCACGCGAACGCCUUCGUCGACUUGGUUUGCACAGCGUCAACGCGUCUAGAUGUCUUUUCUUACAGUUGAAUGCGGCUAUCGACGAGGAACUGACAAAAGCCGACUGGGACGUGGAACUUGCCAGCAAAAUGCGAGGAAACGUGGAAAAGUGCCUCGAAAUGGUGGCCAAAAAGUUGGAGUGCAACCUUCACCUUCAACCCAACGACUUACUUAUCGGUUCGAUCAUUUUUAUUCAAAAAUAUAUUAUGUUUGAGUUCUAGUAGCGUUUUUUUGAUGUUGAGAAGGGAAAGUUAUUCUUGUCGGUUUAGCAAUCAUCUAUUUUUUUUAAUGAAAACAUUCUAAACGGAAACAUAUAUGUUCAUUAGUUCUAUUUUAAAUGCGUGAACAGUUUUCUGCUAUAGGAGAGAAGUCGACCGACGUCAAUAAUUAAGAAGACGAGUUCUCGAAAGAUAAAUGAACUAGCAUAAAGCUCAAUUUUGUCACAUUUAUGUCUUGUAGAAAAACUGAGAAUAGUCACACAAACGUAGAAAACUUCACAAAAAGUUUCAAAAUUUCUCAUUUAUAGGAAGAAGUAGACAAAAAGAGCUAUUUUCGAUUUUAUUUUUGUCUCCAUCCCACUAGGGAACGUUUUUACCCCCUUCGAAAUCCGUAAAAUACGCAAAUCAUGACAAAAAAGCGCUAUUUGAAGCUUUUGAAGCGUAAACGAGAUCUAUUGUAAGAAAUUUUCAAGAAGAACGUUCACUUUAGGCGAUCGUUUGAGCGGAGGUCAGCUCGUGAACUAUCGUUUGAUCCUGAUAGCAGAUGGACUGAUGAAGAGAUGGCCUGAGUCUUCCAAAUCUUUGAAAAGUUUCCAAUCAGAAGUUCUGGAAGCGGUGCUGGGAGAGAUUAAAAAAUCCGUUGCUGCGAUCCUCGUUCGAAUGCACUCGGAAACCUUUGGAACCAAAACUUCGCCAUAUAUGCAAGUUUGUUUCGAUACUGAUUCCACCAGUCGCAGUUUUAACACAGGAACUCGUCGACUACAUUUCGCGUGUAGAUAUGCAUCUAGCACAUUUCUCGAAAGCUGGACGCCAUGUAGAAAUAAUUUCCAACGUCACGGACUACGUCAUCGAUUGCUUCUUGCUGAAUGCUUCUCUCGUCAGAACAUUCGCGACUCCUCACCGUCUCUCGAUCCAAGCUGAUUUGUCGAGGUUUUCGAGAAGAAAAUGAAAAAAAUAAUUUUCAAAGUUUACGACUUUUUAAAACCCUAUCAAACCGUGUUAGGACAUUCACUCUGAAGGAUGAUCUUGCCAGAAAGGUCAUUUUUGUUUAAGUUUCCUGGAAAUUGCCCAUAACACUCCUUGCUGUACCAGAAAAAAAUCCUGAAAAUUUCAGUUUUCAAAUCUUUUUAGUUUUUGAAAAAGGUCACCUCAAAGUCAGAGAAAACCCAAAAAUCCAUUAAAAUACGCCAUUUUGGCACUUUCAUCGAAAGGAAGUUGUGCAUGUUGAGACUUUCCGGUUUCAAGAUCUCAGCAAGAAAUAAACUGGUAAAUUUUCAGGAAAUUCCGAACCGUAAAGUAAAAUACCUUCCUUUUAGGAGCAUAUAUAUCCAUCAUUUUCAGACUUUUGGAAGCCAUCAACGAACUUGAAUGGUCUUCACGUUAUGGCGAUAGGAACUCAUUGCUCGAUCUCUUCUCUGCCGAACCCUACGACUACUUGCAAAAUAGAGCUGGAGUCCGAAAGUCGAUCCUGAUCCAUUUGUUGAUUGCGGACAGCCCCGCAAACCUGCUCUCCCCUCCCCAAAGCGUCGGAUGGACUGUACAAGAGUACAUCACGUGGUUCGAGGAGCACGGAGAAGUCGAGAUUUUGGAUCUUCUCAGCGGCCUCCUCAACUCUUACGCUUCUUCUGUGACUUCGUUGCGUGAAACUACCUAUGUCCCUUCUUAUCCCAUCAUUUUGGACCUUUUAAAACAAUUAUAG